CUCUCAUUACUGCUUUCUUGAAAACGAGUAAACAAAUUAAAGGUGUUGUCUUUCUUCUUCAACAACACAACAAUGAGUCAAAGAAUCUAAUAAGUAGUAAUGGGGUUUUAGUGUUACCUUUUCAUUUCUUGUCUACUCACUGAAAAAAUAGUAUUAGUGGGCCAUCUUUUGUAAAUUUUCUUGCUUUUUUGAGGUUUGACAAGUGUUUUUUGUGUUUCCCAUUUGAAGUGGUGGAAAUUUGGCAAGAGGGGUACUUGUCUUUUUUGUUUUGUUGGUAUUAUUUUGACAUCAAGUUACCUACUUUCACCUUCUUGCUUCAUUUAUUGAGGUCUUUUUUUUUUUUUACAAAUUCAUUUGUGGGUCUUUUUAUAUUGAGGAAACCUAUUCAAGAUUCUUGAAAUAAUAGUAACAUCAAGAAUUUCCUGUGGAGAUUUAAGCUCCACAGGAAGGUACUUGUCUUUCCAAGAUCAUCUUGUAAGGUCACCCUUUUUUCUAAAAAUUAGAACUUUGAUGUUCUUUUACUAGUUUUUCUAUUGUUUUUGGUUUCAUUUGCUUAGUGUACAGUAGAAAAUCUAGGAAAGCCCUUACUGAGGGGGAGAAUAGUUUGAUGAAUUUAGUUUAAGGGUAUGCUAGAUCUUUAGGUAUGUAUGUAGGUUAGAUCUAGACAUGUGACAGAUCAGUUUUUGUUAUUAUUUUAUUAGGUCUUAUGUUAUCUGAGAAUACAUAGUAGAUGCUUAGAGCCAAUGAGAUCUCAUUCUUGGAACUUGGAUAUUAGUUCAAUGUUUGUUCUGCUUUCAUCUUAAUAUUCAAGUUUUGUCUAGUGGAUGGAUUGAGAGGGGGGGUUUAAGAUGUUGGCAAUGUUAAGGUUGUUGUUUCCGGGACUGUUGAUUUCUUUGGUUAUUAUAUCUGUUUCAGCUGAUGAUAUUGAUUGCGUUAAUUUUUGUGAUGAAGAUGGUUUUUGGAGUAUAAAUACCAUUUUAGAUUGUCAAAAAGUGAGUGACUUCUUUAUUGCUGUUGCCUACUUUUCUAUCCCUCUUGAGUUGCUUUACUUCAUUAGCCGCUCCAAUCUUCCUUUCAAAUGGGUUCUAGUCCAGUUCAUUGCUUUUAUAGUGCUUUGUGGAUUGACACAUUUGCUCAAUGGAUGGACUUACAAUCCUCAUCCUUCUUUCCAAUUGAUCUUGUCCUUAACAGUUGCCAAAAUCCUUACUGCCCUUGUCUCUUGUGCAACUGCAAUCACCCUUUUGACUCUGAUCCCUCUUCUCCUAAAGAUAAAGGUAAGAGAAUUGUUCUUAGCACAAAAUGUUUUGGAGCUAGAUCAAGAGGUUGGUAUGAUGAAGAAACAAACGGAGGCGAGCAUGCACGUCCGUAUGUUGACACAAGAAAUUAGGAAGUCACUUGAUAAGCACACGAUAUUGUACACUACUCUGGUAGAACUUUCGGAAACCUUGAAGCUGCAGAAUUGUGCAGUUUGGAUGCCGAACGAAAGUAGGUCACAGAUGAACUUAACACAUGAGUUGAAUCCCAGUUCCGCAGCAGAAUCUCGUCGUUCGCUCCCUAUUAAUGAUCCGGAUGUGUUAGAGAUAACAACAAACAAGGGGGUAAGGAUUCUGAGGCAAGAUUCGGUUCUUGCAGCUUCGAGCAGUGGAGGAGGAUCUGAUGAACCAUGUGCUGUUGCUGCAAUUCGGAUGCCAUUGCUUCGUGCUUCGGAUUUCAAAGGUGGGACCCCGGAGUUGGUUGACACUCGUUAUGCCGUUUUAGUUUUGGUUCUUUCAAGCGCUGAUGAUAGAGACUGGAGCUAUAACGAGAUGGAGAUAGUGGAAGUAGUUGCUGAUCAGGUAGCUGUGGCUUUAUCCCAUGCCACUGUUCUUGAAGAGUCUCAGGCGAUGAGGGAGAAACUAGAAAUGAGAAAUCGAGUGCUGCAGCAGGCUAAAGAGAAUGCUAUGAAGGCAAGCCAAGCAAGGACUUCGUUUCAGAAAGUGAUGAAUAAUGGAAUGAGGCGGCCGAUGCAUUCAAUUUUGGGUUUGCUAUCCAUAUUUCAAGAUGAGAAAGCAAGCGCUGACCAGAAGAUUAUUGUUGACACGAUGGUGAAAACAAGCACUGUUCUAUCAACAUUAAUAAAUGAUGCGAUGGAGAUAUCUGCAAAAGAUGAUGGAAGGUUUCCAGUAGAAAUGAGGCCCUUUCAGUUGCAUUUAUUGGUCAAGGAGGCUUCUUGUCUUGUUAAGUGCUUGAGCGUCUAUAAGGGUUUCGAAUUUUCUACAGAUGUUCCGACAUCUUUGCCUAAUCAGGUGAUGGGCGACGAAAAGAGAACGUUUCAGGUUUUGUUACAUAUGAUAGGACAUUUGUUAAAUGUCAGCAUCGGAAAGGGAUCUGUCAUAUUUAGAGUGGUGCUAGAGACUGGAGCUGAUGGUGGGAAUGACAAAGUUUGGGGAACAAGAAGACCAAGCACGACAGACGAAUAUGUGACCAUAAAAUUUGAAAUUGAGGUUAGUCUUGAAGGCUCUCUAUCAGAUAGCUCAAUCUCCACCAUUCACUUUGGUGGAAGAAGGCAUAACAGCAAGGAAGUAACGGAGGGCUUGAGUUUCAGCAUGUGCAAAAAGCUUGUCCAGAUGAUGCAGGGAAAUAUAUGGAUGUCCUCGAACGCCCAGGGCCUUGCGCAAGGGAUGACACUCAUCCUCAGAUUUCAAAAGCAGUCAUCUUUUAGGAAACGCAUGUUCGAAUAUAGAAAUCCUUUGGAGCAACUUAUUUCCAGCACAAUGUUCAGAGGCCUUCAUGUACUCCUCGCUGAUGAUGAUGAUGUAAAUAGACUGGUAACCAGAAAGCUGCUCGAAAAACUAGGUUGCCAAGUAACUGCUGUUUCAACUGGUUUUCAAUGCUUGAGUGCUCUAGGCCCUUCAUUAACAACCUAUCAAGUUGUCAUCUUGGAUCUUCAAAUGCCGGAAAUGGAUGGAUUUGAAGUAGCAUUGAGGGUGCGUAAGUUUCGCAGCCGUAGUUGGCCAUUGAUCAUAGCUCUGACUGCUAGUUCAGAGGAACAAGUAUGGGAGAGAUGCCUACAGGUGGGAAUGAAUGGUCUAAUAAGGAAACCUGUUCUCCUACAAGGCUUGGCUGAUGAACUUCAAAGACUCCUUCAAAGGGGCGUUGGCGUUGGCGUUGAUGGCUUGUGAGGUGUAGUACUAAUGGUGAAAAACAAACUUCAAAAGGUUCCUGGAGAACAUGAAGAGACCUUAAAUAUCAUAUACCCAUAUAGAGAUAGCAUUACAUCUUUGUUAAAGAUGAAACCAGCUUCUUCCUAACCAUGUAGCUACUACCAGUUCCUGUUAUUGUAACUAUAUAGGUCUGCCUGCAAUUCAGUUCUCUUGGCUUAUGUUGAAGUGAGAAAUAUGUCAAGAUAGUGGUAUGGGUUCCAUCACAUUUUUUCCCAAGAAAGAGGAGGAUGUUACUGAUUUGAAGAGGACUUUUAAUCCUUGCAAGCUGAUGCUUGUUCCUCAUACAUGAUCUCAAAGCUUUAUGCUUGAAUUUUGUACUGGCACAUUGUCAGUUUUGGUUACAAACAUCACAAACUUUGACUAAUGCUUUUUCUGUAACCAUGACGUUUGGGCCAGCGUGUGCUUACUUCGACUAGUUCACCGAGUACCCGUUACCUCCUCUAUCAAACACGUGUAUUGUGUAACUUUACCUACCAAGAGCUAGAGGACAGAUAGAAAGAAAUCUCACUUCAUUGGCUCAGUAGGCCACACGCUUGGAUGCUAACUUUUACUUACGUAUUUAGAUAUAGAUAUUCAUUUUUCCCAAGAAACAAGAAGGAAGAAUAUUACUGAUUUGAAGAGCACUUGUAACCCUUACAAGCUGAUACUUCUUCCUCCCACAUGAUUUCUUGUUGUCUCAUUUAAUCCAAGUGGCAGUGUUAUGCUUGAA